AUGAAACCAUCAGCAAUCCGAACAGCUCGCCUCGCCUUCAAUGGCCUACAAAAACGAACAUACUCGCAAGCCUCCGGCCCAAGGCAUCUCAUGUCAAUUGCAGACCUGACACCCUCUGAGUUCACAUCCCUCGUUCGCAAUGCCGCCGCGCGCAAACAAGCCGUCAAGGCUGGCCAGACGCCGACAUCGCUGAGUACCUCGCUGUCUGGCCAGACAAUCGCCAUGAUGUUCAGUAAGAGGAGUACGAGGACGCGUGUAUCUACUGAGGCAGCGGUGACGAUGCUCGGUGGCCAUCCUAUGUUUUUGGGCAAAGAUGAUAUCCAGCUUGGUGUAAAUGAGAGUCUGUACGACACUUCGGUCGUCAUCUCAUCCAUGACGUCUUGCAUGGUUGCCCGCGUGGGACCUCACUCUGACGUCGCCAAUCUUGCUAAACACUCUAGCGUGCCUGUAAUCAAUGCCUUAUCCGAAGACUUUCACCCUCUUCAAACCAUUGCCGACUUUCUCACCAUCCACGAGGCCUUCCCUUCGUCCAAGAACUCUGCCUCUGGAUUAGGGCUCAAUGGACUCAAGGUAGCGUGGGUAGGAGACUCUAACAACGUGUUAUUUGACCUGGCAAUCGGAUGUGUAAAGAUGGGCGUUGAUAUUGCUGUCGCGUCGCCCAAUGGCUAUGGUAUCCCGGAUAACAUGAGGAAGCUUAUUACCUCUUCAGCAGAGGGUGUUAACUCACCGGGUAAACUUACUGAGACCACUAUUCCGGAGGAAGCCAUCCAGGAUGCGGAUGUCUUGGUGACGGACACCUGGAUUUCGAUGGGUCAGGAGAGUGAGCAGCAGAAGAGGCUGAAGGCCUUUGAAGGAUACCAGAUUACGAAUGAGUUGGCCAAGAGGGGCGGAGCCAAGGAUGGCUGGAAGUUUAUGCACUGCUUGCCUCGACAUCCUGAGGAGGUCGCUGAUGAGGUCUUCUACAGCCCUAGGUCUUUGGUUUUCCCUGAGGCCGAAAACCGACUUUGGGCUGCUGUUGCUGCACUGGAGGGCUUUGUCGUCAACAAAGGCAAGUUGUAG